AUGUCGCCAUAUCUAUUUGUGCUUGCCAUGGAAUAUCUCAAUGGAUCACUGAAACAGCUUAGACAUAACCUGGACUUCAAUUAUCAUCCUAAAUGUGAUAGGAUGAAGCUGAGCAGACAAGAUUUGCAUCACUUAAUGCUUCAAGCCUUUCAUCAUUUCUCAAAUGUCCGAGGCCUUAGAGCAAAUAUGAAAAAGAGUUCCUUAUACAUUGCAGGAGUAUCUCAGGGUAUCUCAGAAGAGAUGCAGUUUUCUCAAGGAGAAAUGCCAUUCAAAUAUCUCGGAGUGCCUUUGUCCUCUAAGAAGAUCACUGUUCAACAGUGUCAACCUUUGGUCUUCCUACUGCCCAAGAAGGUUAUCAAACAGGUAACAAGUAUAUGCAGAGCCUUCUUAUGGACUAGGAAACAUGAGCCUACAAAAAGAGCACUCAUUUCGUGGGAAAAAUUACGUAUGCCUCGCUCUGCAGGAGGACUGAAUAUCAUUGAUCUAUAUACUUGGAAUAAAGCUGCGAUCUGCAAAUUACUUUGGGCUAUUGCUGAGAAGAAGGACACCUUGUGGAUCCGAUGGGUACAUAGUUUCUACAUAAAAUGCAAUGCAUUGACCUCAAUAGCUAUCCCUAAACAGGCCAACUGGAUUGUUAGGAAAAUAAUUGAAGCAAGGGAAUGGUUUCCAAAUGUUGAUCCUAGAGCAGAACUAAAACGUUACUGCAUAAAUGGGAACUUCUUGAUAAAGAAAACUUAUUUGGCCCUUCUACCACAAUACCAAAAAGUAUCAUGGAAGAGCUGUAUUCUUGAACCUUCCUUUCUUACCAAGAGUUUAUAUUAUGGAUAA